AUGACGGGAACAACAACACCGUCUGGCAGCAACGCCUCUUCCGAGUUGGGCAGCGACUGGCCGACUGCUACUGAGGGCUAUGAGCUCGAAUGUGCUAUAGGUUAUGGCGCAUUUGCUACAGUAUAUAAAGCCAAAGUGGCUACCGGUGUGAAUGCGGGUGAAUAUGUUGCUAUUAAAGUAAUUGAUUUGGAGUGUUUGGACGGCACUACUUUUGAUGAUAUUCGGAAAGAACUACAAGUGAUGAAAAUGUGUACUCAUCCGAACGUUAUUACGUACCAUACCGCCUUUUCCUCAUCUGAUGCUAAGAUGUGGUUGGUGAUGCCUCUGAUAAACGGCGGGUCUUGCCAGAAUGUCAUCAGAGAGUAUAAGAAACGUACUGGUCACAGCAUAAAUAGUAUUGGGAUCAUCGCUUAUAUACUGCGCGAGACGGCCAUUGCCCUUCGACACUUUCAUUCGAAUCAGCAAAUUCACAGGGAUCUGAAAGCUGGCAAUAUUCUCCUCAGUCUGGACGGAAAAGUAUAUCUUUCCGAUUUUGGCGUUUCUGCGUCUAUGCGUGAUUCGAGAUCUCGACAGACUUUCGUAGGAACGCCAUGUUGGAUGGCUCCUGAGGUCCUCGAGCAGAGCAAAAACGGAUACGACUAUAGAGCCGAUAUAUGGUCAUUCGGUGUCACCGCAUUAGAGUUGGCGAAUGGCACUGCACCUUACCAAAAUUUGCAUCCAUUGAAAGUUAUGAAAAAUAUUCUGGAAAAUCCUCCACCGACUUUGGAGAGAACGAAAUCGACCCCUUGGGACUCCUGUUUUAUAAAAAUGGUGGCGGAUUGUCUUCAGAAAGAUCCCAGCAGACGACCGUCAGUGGAUCAGCUUCUAACACGACACGAAGGUUUUUUCCGCCAGGCAGAUCAAAAAGCCCUCGUGGAGCUCCUGAGGCAAUUGCCAACGAUAGAGCUGAGGGAGCCUACGAAGCCUCCAGGGUAUCGAUCACCUAGAGCUGUCAAGACGCGGACAGGAUACAGCGGAGCGGUUAGUGGUGCAUGGGACUUUGAUUUGCACGAUUCGGAAGAUGACGAUGAUGAUGAUGACAAUAAGGAAGGCGAAAGCGGUAUAUUCUCACAGCUCGGUGAAGAGGAAACUUGACGCACGCACUGUAAAUACGUUAUUGCUAGUAGUGGCUUUUAAGUUCAUCUGUUUUUGCUUGGGUCGCUCAGCUAAAUUGGUUUCGUGUGUUCCUGCUACCACCACUACU